AAACCAAUCACCGAUAGUUCUGAGCCGGGGACGAAGGAGGAAGCCGCGCUAUUAAGAAGUUGCCGUCGUCAUGGCCGUGAAGGCUUCUGGAUUCAUAGGGAAAUCAGCAGUCUCAGUUCAUCUAGAUUGCUGUUCGUUUCCUGUGAAACUCUCUUGCUUGAAACUUCCCGUCUCUUCUCCAAAGCCACUGGUGGUUUUAUCCGUUGCCUUAUCUCCGCCGGCUAUAACAUUUGAGUCUCCUCCGGUUGGUUACCGGAAAAAUGUUGGGAUUUGUCUCGUUAGCCCAUGUAGAAAGAUUUUUACGGCGUCGAAGAUUCAUGUUCCGGAUACAUGGCAGAUGCCUCAGGGUGGUGCUGAUGAGGGAGAAGAUUUGAGAAACGCUGCCUUUCGAGAGCUUAGAGAAGAAACAGGGGUUACCUCUGCGGAAUUCAUUGCGGAGAUUCCAAACUGGUUGACCUAUGAUUUUCCCCGAGACGUGAAGGAUAAACUAAACCGGAAAUGGCGAACAAGCUACAAAGGCCAAGCUCAGAAGUGGUUUCUCUUCAAGUUUACGGGCGAAGAGGAAGAGAUAAAUCUCCUUGGAGAUGGUACUGCAAAACCAGAGUUUAAGGUGUGGUCUUGGAUGCUACCAGAACAAGUGAUUGAACAUGCUGUAUACUUCAAGAGACCUGUCUAUGAGCAUGUCAUAAAGCAAUUCAACCCUUAUAUUAUGGAUGGAGAGGUGGUCUCCAUGGACUCGUCUAAGGAUUGAAUCUGCACAAGCUUCACCAAGUGAAUACACUGAUUAGGAGGAAAACAAUCAAUUCAUUAUACAAGUUUCUCUUGAGCCCCAUUAUAGAUGAAUAUUGCAUGAAUCUCCUUAAUGUUCAGACUUCAGACAUCGAUCUUGUAGUUUGAUGCUAUAUAUAUAAAUCCUCACGAAUGAUUUAAUUCUAAUAGAGCUCAAUAUAGUUGCUGCUGA